CAUAAUCCCUCUGUGAGAUUUCUUUGCAGUAUUUUUUCGGGACCUGUGGGUUUCUGUCCCUCUCGGUCCUCUGUGAGCACCACCUUGGCUGGAUUCAGAACCAGGUGCUCGACUUGCAGUGUUACUUCACUCAGCGAUACUUCACGAGCCAUUAUGAUAACCAUGGUUCCAGCUUCAUGCUUCCUGGAUCAAGUGGCGAGGGAGCCUUCUUGAUCAUCAGACCCCCGGCACAGCACUGCCUCAACAAAGCUAUGCGAACAGGGAAUGUCCUGCAUCAUUAAGCUGCCAGCACAAAACAUACCUAAUGAGAUAAUGUGGACCCAUCUCUCCAGUGGUGACUUGAUAAGCAAGAAAAAUGGAAGGAUCAAGGUGAAUUCUCUAAAUGGAACAAUAGAAGAAAAUGGAUCAUUAACAUUAAAAAGUGUUACUCUGAACAGCACCGGCAAAUAUCAAUACACUGUUUAUGCUAGUGACGGUACAGAGACUAGUGGCCAAGUGGAAAUUAAAGUUUAUGAAAAGCUCCCCAAACCUACUGUGAGGCUUGUCUGCAAUGCUAAUGGAAGUGCAUACCUAAUAUGUGAAAUUCCAUACAGUGAGGAUCUGACUAUAUCCUGGUAUAAUGAAAAACAAAUCAUCAAUGGUGCAAGUGAAAAGCAACUGUUCUUGACACCUGCUCAAAUGCAGGAGAGUAAACUGUACUCAUGCCAUGCAAAAAAUCCUAUCAGGGAAGAACAAAGUGAGAGUAUUACAUCAUUAUGUGCUCGUAAACUCUUUGGAUUAGAUUUUUGGAUCACGGUGAGCAUUUUAUCAGGUGGAGGAGCCCUUCUGCUGCUGCUAUCAUUUGUUCUAGUCAUCUGUGUGUGGCGACGCUUUAUCCAACAAAAGCACCAACGAGAUGAAGAUGAGCUCAGGCUGAGGGUUUUUCAAGAUGAAACUCCUAACGGUACAACCAGAUCCAAACACACUGCUAGGGGGCAACCGGCACCCCCCAUCCCGCAAGAAGACACAUCUCCACAACCCCCAACACAAACCCAGACUCAACACAAAACCCAGAUCCGCGCGAGACCUCCACCACCACCUAAGGACGAUGAGGAAUAUCCUCCUCCCUUACCUAACCCUAGAAAUAAACAACACCGCAAGAGAAAUGAAGAGCCGUAGUGACCAAUGGAAGGAGAUGCUUGUAUGCUCACUGAAAGACAAUAACUUUGGGGCUAAACUGAAUGAAUUUCAUAAGCCAUACUGUGAGUGUCAAAUAGCAUGGUAAAAAUUUUAUUUGGUCAUGUACUCACAAUCAUAUUCUUCCAAAACUUGCAUUAUUUUCAUUAUUGUUGUCAAACACCGAAGGACAACUUAGGCAAAAUUUAAAGCGGUUCUUGUUCAUUCAAGGAAAGUAGAUGGAGGUUUAUACUCACAAGCUCUAUAAACAAUAGUCCUUAUGACUUGUGCGCCAUAUAUUUUUUUAUUUGUUUGAAAACAACAACAUUUACAUAAUGACCUAGUACAUCUACACUAACCUCCAAUAAUUAUUUAUAUUUUAGAGUUGUCCCGUGAAACGGUAUACUUUCAUAAUUCCUCCAUGCGUGCUUACGUCAUAUUUGUAAAUAAAGGGAAGACAAAGUCAAGAUAUUAUUAUAUUAAGUGGGUGUAGCUUGAAGCCACAACAACUGAACAUCGAUUUAAAAAGAUUUUGCAAGCAAAAAGGGAUCAGUAAUAAAACACAAAUCAACAUAUGCAUAGAAUCACAUCUGCUGUGCAAUUAUUAGGAUCACAUGACAUUUUAAAUACAGUUGAAUAAUGGAACAGCUCAUAAUACACGGUGAGAUUACAUAUUCCUUUUUGUUCCUGUGUGUUUUUCUAUGAGAAAAUAAUAGUGCAAAAAAGACAUUUGUAUAUGAUUGUUUGUGCACCUAUCAAUCUUUAUUGUUCAAAAUAUAAUAUAAAUUAUGAAAUUUAAAAUAUAUAUUUUAUAUAAAAUAUAUAAGUUUGCAUUUUAUACUUGUACAUUAAUUUCCCAUUAAUAUGUAUUCUCAGGAUAUAUUUAAACUAUUUUGACCCAUUUUGACAAUACCCUUACAUGUUGCAAUUGCAAAUCAUGCUUCAGUAAUGCAAAACAUUUUCAUUUCUUGUGCUCUGUGGUGACUUUUUUGCACUUAAAAUAAACACAACUAACAAGCAUAUGUGAAGGCCUCAG